AUGAUGAACAUGGCUACGACAACCGCGGCUGACAUGUCAAUGGACAUGCCAGCUGCAACUUCGACCUCAUCCAUGAGCAUGGGUGACAGUGACGGGAGCAUGAUGAUGUCCAUGGCUGAUAUGACUAUGACAUUUUUCGACUCCAUCAAAACGCCGCUGUUCUCUAACGCCUGGGCACCAACCACGACUGGGCAGUACGCCGGCACUUGCAUAUUUCUCAUCUUCCUCGCUGGUAUUUUCAGAGUCUUGAUUGCAUUCCGACCGGUCCUAGAAGCGUCAGUAUGGCGCGGCUCUCGAUCCGUAGCUGGCACCCACAGUCCUGGAGACGCUGGCAAAUCUGGGCUACCGGGAUACCCUUCGCAAUAUGGCUGGAUUACCUUCAGAUCAGAAUUGAGACGACGAUGGACGGGGUGGAGAGCAUCUGCCGCAACUGGGCGAGCGUGCUAUGAGCUGGUGAUAGCUGGUAUUGGAUAUCUUCUUAUGAUAGCAGUGAUGACUAUGAAUACUGGCUAUUUUCUGUCAGUGCUGGCCGGAGUAUUCUUGGGGACCUUCUUGUUGGGAGGUCUUGCCCAUGAUGUGGAGGAUUCCGCUCGCUGUUAA